AUGGCGUGCACCCUUUCGAAUUCCGCCUCCCUGUCAUACCCGUUUCUGGGUGCGACCUUUCACCUCCCACACGCCAUGGCCGCUUCCGUGCAUGGUGAUCCGUCGUUCACUCUCGCUGCCUCCGACCCGCCCCCACCCCUGCCCGGCCUUCCCUUGCGCCAUGUGUCAUAUUUAUACCCCCUCACGCCCCCCCUCGUUUCUCGCCUUUCCUUCGUCUUCUCUCACUCCCCACCAGUCACCAUGGCAACGCCUCACAACCCUGACGACGACAUGACUCUCGUGGAUGAGGACCUCCACCUCGACGGUGAGGAUCUCCACCUCGAAGAGCUCCCCAAUGUUAACCUCCCCGAGCUCCCCACAAGCGACGACGCCCCGGCUGCCGAAAAGGCCUGCUUCGAAGGCCCUUCUUCCGCGCCUGGCUCCUCGGCGUCAUCCUCUGGCAUCCCCACGCCCACGGCAUCUGACUAUGUUGCCCCCCACCCGGGCCCCUCUGCUGCCCCCACCCCUCUCCCCGCCAGCGCCCCUGCUGCCCCGACGGCUGGCGUCCCUCUGGGGGCUGUCAACCUUCAUACGGCCCCGCCCCCCGACGCGGCGCCCCUCCGCAACCUCCACCGCCCGAGGCCCGGGGCCUCUGGCCUUAUGAUGUCGCGUCGCCGCCUCACGGUGGUCACCCUUCUGAUGCCCGAAGCGGGGGCGGAAACUAUCCGCGCGGACCUCAUCGCGCGCAUCUCUGCUAUGCUGAAGCCGCACUUCUUCCGUUGCGGCUCCGUUUCGGAGUUCGAAGCUGCCACCGGCGACCUCCUCCGCGUCCCGCGCCGCUCGUACGCGCGACUCUCCUUCACCUGGCCUUUGGAGGAAAACGCCGAGGAUUUCAAACGCCUUUUUCCCCGCUCUAUCUCCCUGAACUCCUCACGCUCUGUGCUUUUGAAGGUCUUCGAGGAUCGCUUCCUGGACUUCACGGCAGCCAAGGCUGCAGGAGCUGCUACUCUCUCACUCGGGAAUGUCCCCCCGAGAUACACCCCUGACGACAUUCGCGACUUUCUGCUUCACCAGGAUGACCCGGCAGAUCCUGCAUGGCUUGCCGAGCUACGUUUCUUCCACCGCACCAUGGACCCUUACGAGGAGGUCUACCUCUCGAUAUUUUCUGGGAUCCCCCUUCCCCCCCCGGAUGACCCCUCCUUCUCCCGCAUUCCUGCUGUCAUCCCCUUCGAGGAUGACUCCGAUCCCGCUCUGCUCAACAUCUCCUCUCACAAGUGCGGACUGUGUGGGCAUAACCAUCGCGAUGGUGACCACGAGAUCUUUCCCAUCAAGUUCAAGCAACGCCUGAACAACAAGCCCCCCUCUGUCUCCUGUCUACACGGCCCCUCCUUUGUCUCGGAUGGCUGUCCCCCUUUACUGCUGCCUCCCCCCUUUUCCGCUUCGUCGCAUUUUCGUGCACCUUUCCUCGCGACCCUUCCCCCCGCCCCCCCCAUACCCUCCCUCCCACCUCUCCUUCUCUCGUGA